AUGUGGCUGAAUACGCUCUCGCCAUCGACAUUUACGAACCGUCACCAUGCUUCCUUAGAGAGGCGAAAGGAAGGAACCUGCCUUUGGAUGUUCAAGGAAAAAGCCAUGAAACAAUGGCUAGAUGGCACAAUGUCUACGUUGUGGUGCCCGGGAGAUCCUGGAAGUGGGAAAUCGGUAGCUAUGUCCAUUGUUGUCGAGUAUCUAGAGCACCUUCGCGCCACAGAACAUAUCGCUGUUGCUUACACGUACUGUGUUUACAAUCAAGAGCAUCAAACUGCUGCCAACUUCUUGGCAAGUUUGAUAGCCCAGGUCUCUAGACAGUCUGCUGGAAUCCAUACGGAGCUGAGAGAAUGCUGGAAGAUAUACCACAGUGGACCCACAAAACCAUCCUCAACAGAAUAUGUCAGACUGCUCAAGGCGAUGCGCGGGCAUUUUCUCAAGUCCUUUAUUCUCGUAGAUGCUCUGGACGAAUUUCCUGAGAUAGAGAAACGAUCACUCUUACGCGAACUCAAGACUCUAGUGCCAGAAUCUCGAAUCCUGAUCACCUCCCGAAACAUACCAUCCAUCAAAAGUCACUUCGAAGAUGCUGCAUGCAUGCAGAUCCGAGCUCGAGAUGAGGAUGUCAGAACUGCUCUCGCUGCUAGGAUAGACGACGAAGAAUUCAUGAGCUGUGCAGUGGACGAGGACCCUACCUUACGUGACGACAUCAUCAACACGAUCAGCCAAAAGACCAAAGGAAUGUUUCUUGUUGCUGAGCUGCACAUCACAGCACUGUCGCAGGAGGAAAGCAUACGCGACCUUCGUGAGACACUCGAAGCUUUAUCCGGUGAGAUCGCGAAGACUUACAGCGAGACCAUGAUCCGUAUCAAUAAACAGAAGCCUAAGCAAGCCGAGCGCGCUCAUCAGGUAUUCUGCUGGUUGACUCACGCCAGAAGACCUCUAGAACAGAGAAGAGCCUUCGAUCCUGACACCGGAAGAUCGCAAUCAGAACGGAUCAAUGUUGUGCGAUAUGUUCAUUAUACAGCCCAAGAGUUCUUCGACAAGUCGCCUGAGCAGAUCGGCCCGAGAGGACAUCAUAAAAUCGCCAAGACUUGUAUCAGUACUCUCCUGCUGGGAGCGGAACCUGACGAAGAAAGUGUUGAGUCACUUGUAAAUCUGCAGAACACCUACCCCAUUGUACGAUACGCUGCUCAGCACUGGGGAAAUCAUGUUCGACUUGCUCUCGAAGCAGAUGUGGCGUCGCUCAUCAGGGAUGAUGUCAGACGACUUCUUUGCUCAAGGACUAAUUUCAUUUUCUCAACAUGGAUAACACACGCGAAAGGUGUCCACUAUUCCACGUAUGGUCGUCCAGAACUUUCGGCUUUGCAUGUAACAGCCGCAUUUGGAAUCACUAGUAUGUUGGAAGAUGCACUGGAGAUGCUACACGAAGUCAACGUGGAUGUCCGCGAUUCACGUGGUCGGACACCCCUACAUUGGGCCUGUAAGAAUGGACACUAUAGUACAAUGAGCAGGUUACUCGAGCUUGGAGCGGACAAAACCGCGGUAUGUCGUGACGAAAACAGUCCUCUGCACUUUGCACUCCAGAGUGACAACCAAAAGCUUAUCAUGGAGCUCCUCAAUGGAGAUGGAAAUGUGGAAUUGAGAGGCGUCCUAGAGACUGCCAUCGAUCGUGGUCAUCAUGCUGUUUUGAAAGUACUGCUUGGAAAACUACAGUCUGAACAGCUGGGCUUUGCCCUAGUGGAGGCGGCAACUCGCGGUGAAGAGUCUACUGUACGCCUGAUCGUAGAGGCCAUGGACCCUCUUGGCGACUAUAGAGAUCAUUUCUCUAAGGCUUUGCUCUCGUUGACGAUAGAGCUUUCGGAUCCCCCUUCCAAAGCAAGCUUUUCGAUGAUGGAUCUCUUGCUCGAGAGUGGUGCAGAUCCAAACUUCGACGAUCACGCGAAUAAGUGGGAACCCUUAACACCUCUUUCCUUCGCAGCCAUGUCGUUGGACGCUGUCAUAUAUCUAAUUGAGCAAGGCGCUCUGGUCAACUUUCAAGAUCAUCUGGGCCGGACGGUUCUGCAUUCGCCUGUCAACCGUGAGACAGCCACUUUUCUCAUAGCCAGAGGAGCAGAUGUCAACAGUUGUGACCUCGUUGGCUCAACUCCAUUACACACCGCUGCUGCUCAUAAUCCGGAAAUGCUCAGCCUUCUCUUAGAACAUCAUGCGAAAGUCGAUGCACAAGACGAUCAUGGCAUGACAGCCCUCAACACACUCAUGAAACGAGAGCAAUGGAAUAUGAGCGACACGACUAAGCAGUCUAGUCUCGAACAUCUACUGCGGUACGGGGCCAGUGUCGAUUUGAAGAACGACGAAGGCCACAUACCGUUGCGUUAUGCUGUCUCUCAUGGGAAAUGGACAACUUGCGAGACCCUCCUGACGUGUAGCAAGAUGGGCAGAGAUCGGAUUUUUCUUGAGCAGCUCACUAGUCUCUAUGCUUCUCUCCAUGGAUACAUGCAGUCUUUUCGUAGGGACGAGAAGCUUGCGCAAAGAGUCGAGGGUAGAGCACGUUUCGAAGCCGAGAUUGCCGAUCAGCUGCGCUCACUUGAUGAGAGGCAGCUACAUGCCAAUAAGGAUCUACUGACUCUUGAUAUACCCUGUCAGCUUUCGAUGCACUCCAUCGUUCGGCGGUUUCUAGAAGCGGGUGCAGAUCUCACACCUCAGCAGGGAUCUGAGUCGUUGGUGAUGAUGUCCCUAAUCUCCAUUCGCUUUUGCAAUCUAGAAGAGGACACUGUUGCAACACUAGAGCUCCUCCUGGACCGUGGAUUUUCGGUAGACACAUCGGGUGAUUACGGCACAAUUUUGUGUGCGGCCAUCAUUCACGACUUGACUAAAACAGUGGCUAUGUUACUCCGAAGAGGUGCCAACCUCGAUAUUGGCGGCCCAUUUGGCUCGCCACUAAUGAUUGCUGCUCGCGGAAAUUGUCGCCAGCUGUUGGAGCUUCUCCUAGAAAAUCGUAUCGAUGUCAACAAAGCCUAUGAAAGCACUGUGUAUUUGUCCGGUUAUGAUUUCCCAACAGGUAUGACAGCGCUUCAUAUGUGCGCCGCAUCAGAACACUCUUCUGAGAACGAUGUUCGCCUGCUACUCAGCUAUGGCGCUAACCUCGAAGCUAAGAAUGCGGACGGAGAUACUCCUUUGAUUCUAGCAGUGCGAUGUGGCAGACUUCAAACAGCAGCUGCUCUUCUUGCCGCAGGCGCGGAUACGUCUGGUUCAAAUUCUCUGACAAAACAAUACCGGAUACGCGGCGUAUACGAGAUCGACUUCCACGAGGCUCUUCGUCUGGUUCAGAAGGCACAUGAUCAAAGGACUGCCUUGAAGGGAGAUGGUUCAUAGAGCCAGAAUUCUCGAGAUUUGAACACCGAUGUGGUCAUUGAGAUAGCGGUUGACGGAGGACCUUGCUCAGGAUCCUCAGAUUCGAGUCCCACGCGUGUCAACCUUCGAAGAUGUACUUGGUGCUAGCAACAGGAUGUUCGCAGUUCUUUGGGGUACUAGUCUUCUUCCUGAGCGAAGCAAAAAGGAAAGAUAUGAGUUCCAUACUGCACGGUGGAGAG